AUGGAAUCCUCUGGUUCUGGAGAUGAAAGAGACAUCCAAAUUGAGAUAAAAGAUUUCGAGACUUGAAAGAUAAGAUCUUUAGGGUUCUUACCUUUCGUUACGAAAACUCUUAAGUAUUAUGGCUACUUGGCAGAGUGCUAUUUGUUGAUGUCCCAGCUCAACAGAUAUAGCAGAUUGUUUUGGCAUAAAUAUGAGUAUGCAAUGAUGAACAUGGCAGACAUUGAGAGGGAAGAUGAUGUCAAGAAAUCGAUCAGGUUUGAAUCAGAGAAGGAAACUCAACUUUUCCUAUCCCCGGCAAUGAAAUACAGACUUUACUACAUAUACCUCUCUGAGGAACAGCACCUAGUGAAAUUCAUGAGCGCACUGGAUAUCCUACUUGAGAGAAAAGCUAAUCCCAAAGAAGCCAAAACCUUCAUAGAGAAAACAAGAAUUUCUAUGAAAUACGAAGACCUUAUCGACUGUAGAUUUUGAAUGCUCCCUCAAUCCAAAAGAGGAAAGAAAAGCUUGGAUAAAUUGAAGAUAAGUGUGUUGGAUAAUCAAUUGAAGCCACUCCUACAUAAGAUUAAAUUACACGAUCAUUCUAAGUACAGAAGUCUCGUUUACAUUACCAGUAAAAGGAUUCCUUAUAUUCCAAAUCUUGACUUUGUAAACAGACAUACAAUUCCCUUCUUGACCUCGAAUCUUGGAGAAUCCUUUAUAAAGAAAGUUGACUACAUCUAUAGUAGUGGGGACGUGAAACAGUACGAGGAUGUAUUUCAAAGAGGCACCUUUAGACUUGAACACCUAGAAAUUAAUAGCUCAUUUUGAUACGAGCUUAUUGACUACCUAUUAAAAAUAAAAACUGAUGAAGAACAUAGAAAUAAUGAGGGUUACUUUAUCAAUCCCCUCCUUGCAGAAUCCGUAAAAUGAGUCUCCAUUUCAGACCUCGACGGUAGAAAUGAUGCCAUUAACAAUGAAGCCAGGGAAAUGACCGAAAUAUUUGAGAAGUUAUUCAAGCUCUUUGUGAGCUUUGAUACUUGCAACUUUGACAUUAAGCUCAUGCGAGGAACUAAAUAUGGAUUCAAAUUAGAUUUCUUGGAUUUCGAUGGAAAAUAUAUAUCAGAGCUAAAAGAUAGGCCAUCGUUCCAAAACUGUAAUAUUUUGAACUCGAAGAUUACCCUGGGAUGUAUUGAUAAAAUUCCUAUUGGAAGGAGUGUAACUUUAAGUUCCUACUCUUGAUAUAUAGAAGCGAAUUCCUGUUCUAUUAAUGUUAAUCUCUUCCCGAACUCGAUGGUAAAAAUUAUAUACCCAAAGGAGAAAAAUAAAACCCAAUACUGGUACACUAGAGAUAUCUUAUGUGAAAAGUUCUCAAUUAAAAUUGAGCCCUAUUGAGAAGAAAUUCAUAAUGUAAUGUUUCAAAAAGUGGAGGGGAGGUCGUCACUUAGAAAAGGAGACAAGCAAUGCUUCAAAAUGUAUGUCUCAGCUACUUCCUUUAAAAUUAAAACAAGCAGGCCAGAAGAUCCAAAAAGUAGGGAAACUAAGUUCAAAGGUUCCAAAGAAGUAAUGGAGUACGUGGAUUUUUACAAAUCUGUCUUCUGAUUUGACGAGAAUUGUAUUCAAGACGCAUCAUUUUUCGGCUCUGAUUAUCAAGUGGUUCCCGUACUAAAAGAUGAAUUUUCUCACCUUGAAGGAUCAUUAGUGUGGAAGAAGGUAAUGAGACAGAAACAAGUAAUGGAACAAGUAAAGAAGUCAGAUAUGAUAGACCAAUGGGGGAAAUAUUUAGUAGUUCCAUUAUACUAA